AUGGACGGUCUAUCGACUCUGAAUGGAGAGGGUGCCACCAUCGGCCGAGGCGCUCCACUCCAAGGAAUCCCGACGUUCUCAGAUCCUCAUCAAGAACGCAAGUGGGUAUUGGAGCGCAUGGCAGGUGCUUUUCGUGUCAUUGCUCGCAAGGGAUACCUUGAAGGCUCUGCAGGGCACAUUUCGGUCCGCGACCCCGUCGAUCCAGAUACGUUUUGGAUCAACCCACUAGGAAGACAUUUUGCCAUGAUGAAGGUGAGUGACCUGGUGCAGGUUAAUAUGCAGGGAGACAUCAUUGGUGGCAAUCGGGCGUGUAUCAACAACGCGGGCUUCAACAUUCACUCCGCCAUUCAUCACGCCCGUCCAGAUGUGAACGCUGCCUGCCAUUUCCACAGAAUACAUGGAAAAGCUUGGUCAUGCUUCGACCUCCCCCUCGACAUGUUGAACCAAGACGCAUGCACUUUCUACAACGAUCACGCCGUCCACAACAUGUUUGGUGGAAUUGUCUUUGAAGCCUCCGAGGGCGGGAGAAUUGCCAAAGCCCUGGGCAACAAGCGAUGUGCGAUUCUUCAAAACCACGGACUUCUUACCACCGGUGGCACUGUCGACGAAGCAACGGCCCUCUUUACCCUGAUGGAAAAUACCUGCCACGCACAGUUGUUGGCCGAAGCGGCGACGGCGUCUGGGAUUCAGAAGCAGAUAUGUCCUCAUGAGGAAGCCGAGUACACCUACAGACUCACAACCCCAGAGGCAAUGUGGCUGGAAUUCCAACCUGACUAUGAAUAUGAGCUGGAGGUAUCUAACGGGAGAUUUCUCUUAUAG